AUGGGCCCUAGGAGGAAGGCUAAGCAUAAGGGGUUGGGCAAACACCGCCAUUUGAAGCGCGGCAUUAGGGAUUUAAAAAAUCGCGGCAAAGAUAUAGAUCAAAUUUUUGAAUCUUUAUAUAGGGAUGAUAACCUUGACACUGAUACCACAGAAUUAAAGGGCCAAGGAAUGUUUUACUGCAAAUAUUGCGACAGAUAUUUUAUUGACUCUAAUGCAUUGACUGGGCACGAAGCCACAAAGUUUCAUAAGAGAAGGCUAAAGGCGUUGAGCGCACAUGAAGAACAUGUACCGUGA